CCGGCCGUGGCGCGGCGCUGCGGCCGAAGCCGAGAGCGCCGCUAUCAGCGAGACCCCGCGACCCCGCAGUAUCUGGCUGCCCUCGGCCGCGCGCGGAACGAGUGCUACCCUGCUGGCCGGCGCGACGUCUGGUCACGGCAACAGGUGUCAAGUGAGGCAGUGAUCGACGCCCCGCCUCUCCCACCGACUGCCAACGCAGCCAGCGCCACAGGUGUUCCGCGACGCCAGCGCCGCAGGUGGACGCGGCCGUAAGCUGGGCACCUGCUGUGGGCAGUGUUGGUCGCGGGUCGCAGUAGCAGCAGCGUCAGAGGCAACGGCGGCCUAUGGAGGGUCGCAGGGCGCGCUCGCGCUGCAUCUUCCUGUGCUGCGUGGCGGCGGCGGCGGCCAUGUCACUGCUCUACGUCGCCACACUGGACGCCUGGCAGCGGCCCGACCGUGAGUCCGGCUGGCGGCGCCGCCUGCUGGUGUCCACCCCCGGCUGCGAGCUGCCCGCCAUGGAGCUGCGCUCCGCCGCGGUGGCGCCAUACCUACAGCGCGAGCCGGCGCCACCUUGCCUGGGCGCCAACCCCGCCGUGCUGUCCAACGCGACGCACCUCUGGACGCGGGACCGCCGACCUGACUGCUGCCUGCAGCUGCUGCUGCCGCGGCCGCGCUCCGACUCGGCCUACUCGGUGACGAAUGGGUGCAUGCCGCUGCCGGCGCCCGGGCUGCGUGUGUUGGACAGCGAGGGCGGCGGUCCCGAGUUCGUGCGCGUCUCGUGCCCUGGCGAGCGCUGGCACGACCUGCACGCCUUCGUGCCCCUCACCAGGCCCGCCUACAACUGCUCCGCUGCUGACGGCUCCUGCGGCGGGGAAACGGCGGCGAACGACUCUGUGAACGUGCUGAUGCUGGGUCUGGACGCCGUCUCGAGACUCAACUUCCACCGCCAGAUGCCUCUGACUGCCGACAUGCUGCGGGAACUCGACGCCGUCGAGAUGCUGGGCUAUAACAAGGUGGGUGACAACACGUUCCCCAACAUGCUGGCGGCGCUCAGCGGCCACACGGAGCGUGAGCUGCGGGACUCCUGUUGGGACGGCAAGGCGGCCUUCAACCCCUGCCCCUGGGUCUGGUACAACUACAGCGCAGCAGGACACCGGACGAUGUUCAUCGAGGACACUCCGUACCUGGGCAUGUUCCACUUCGAGAAGCCGGGCUUCUCGGAGCCUCCCACGGACUACUACCCUCGGCCCUACAUGCGCGCCGUCGACAAGGAAUUGGGCCACGCCGGCACCGAGACUACGAGCAGGUGCGCUGGCGAGCGGCUUCAGGUGUCGGUGUUGCUGACGUACGUUCGCAAGUUCGUGGAAGCGAUGGGCUCUGCUGGCUGGCGCUACUGGGCACUGGGGUGGAGCACGUCCGUGACGCACGAUCGCCUCAACGGUCCGCAGCUGGCGGAUAGCGAGCUCAGCAGCUUUCUGCGCUGGCUGAGGGACACGGGCGCACUGCAGUCCACCGUGCUCAUGCUGCUCAGCGACCACGGCAUUCGCGCCGGCGCUUUCCGGCAGACGCGGCAGGGCCAGCUGGAGGAGCGGCUGCCGCUGCUGGCCGUGGCGCUGCCCCCCUGGUUCUCCCAGCGCUACCGCGCCGCCGCGCGCAACCUGCGCCGCAACGCGCGCCGCCUCAGCACGCCGUUCGACCUGCACCGCACGCUGCUCGACCUGGUGCGGCCCGACCGCGCGCUCCUCGACCACCAGCUGCUGCGAGAGCCGGGCCGCGGCCGCAGCCUGUUCGCGGCGCUGCCGGAGUCGCGCACGUGCGCCGAGGCGGGCGUGCACGUGCACUGGUGCGCGUGCAAGCGCGGCACGCGGCCGCUGGCGCCGCAGUCGGGGCUGGCACGCGCCGCCGCGCACCGCUUCGUGCACCAGCUGAACGCGCGCCUCGCGCCGCUGCGGGCGGCCGGCGCCGGGGGACAGCGGCUGUGCGCGCAGCUGCGCCUGCGCCGUGUGCUCUCCGCGCUGCGCAGCCCGCAUGACGUCACCGUCACCCUGGAGACGGCGCCGGGCGGCGCGCGCUUCGAGGCGACGCUCGCGCUCGGCGACGCCGGCGGCGGCGGCGAUGACGACGACGACAGCGCCCUGGGGGCGGCCACGCUGGAGGCCGUCAGCCGCGUCAACAUGUACGGCAACCAGAGCGCCUGCAUCUCCGACUUCCACCUCAAGCUCUUCUGCUACUGCGUCUCCUAGCGACAUGCUGCCUUGCUUAUUAUCUUCGUUUCUUGAAAGUUCCUCCAAGUUACAUCGUAACUGCUAGCUUCGAGCUACGAGUGUAACGUAUCCACCGCUGAUACGGACAAUUUAACUGUAGUGCGAUCUCUCACUACAGAGGUGCUAGCAUGUGCAGUGAAGGCUCUCUCUGCAUCAAUCACAAAGUAUCUUCUUGUAUGACUGUCCAUGCGUGCAACUGCUUGCACAUUAUUAGAGAAUUAAAUAAGUGAACACCCAGUAAUUCCCGUUGACAGGAAAACAGUUGUUAGGUCUUUAAUUCAGUGCUUGAUACGAAUUGGGCAUGGGUAGCCUUUUUAUCAGUGUCUACCAAAUAGCUUAAAGAUAAUAUAUUGUAAAAAAUAAGCCC